UGCUAUGUAUACUAAAUCUUGCUUAUAUAUAUUUUUAUUAUGUCUUCUUUAUUUGUAGGACAUUUUUUCCCCCAAAAAAAUCCGGGUUCUCAGGGCUGGCACUGUCUGUACCCAUUGGGUUUCCAUAUUCAGCCAAUUUUUUACCUUCUUUUUUUCGACAAUCAAUCUAGUCUCCAAACAUUGAUGAGAGAAUGUCAGGAAAGACAAGCCUGAAGACCUGGUAAUGGCCCUUGCAGAAGAAGCAAAGGUAAAUGUUGUUAUACAAAAGAUUCAAAAUGGCAUGGAGUUUUCUCCUCCCUCCUCUGUCCUUCAAACCACUGCCAUUUCACUGAUCCUCGUUUCCACUUUCUUCUUCUUUCUCCUCUUUACUCCUUCCUCAGAACCAUCCCCAAUCCCUUCUAUUUUGACAGUUCCGCGAAGAUCCCUUCUCAAUUCAACCGUUGAUAUCUCUUCUCUUUCAUGCUCUGAUAUCUACUCUGUCUCCCAUCAAUCACGCUGCUCUUUCUCUCGAAGUCGUUGCUCCGAAGACUCCGAUGGUCUCAUCAACUACUUCACCAUCCACUUCUGUUUUUUCGAGGAGAACCCGUUUAUCUCGGUUCCAGUUCUCUCACUUACUCUCCUUCUGCAAUUCUACAUCUUGGUCAAGACAGCCCAGGAUCGAUUCUCAGUCGUGGUCACGAAGCUCGCGACCCACCUCAAAUUGUCACCUUCAAUGGGAGCUGUAACCCUUCUCGCCCUAGGAAACGGUGCUCCCGACGUGUUUUCUUCUGUCGCCGCUGUUCGCGGCGGCCAACCUCGGACUGGGUUUUCCGCGAUUCUAUCAGCGGGAACAUUUGUUUCCGCGUUCGUUGUGGGUUUCGUGGCGAUUUAUGCCGCUCCAUUUUCUUUGGAUCCAGCCCCGUUUGUGAGGGAUGUAUUGUUCUAUUUGACUGCUGCAUUGUUUUUGUUCUAUGUAUACUUAAGUGCCGAGAUUUAUCUGUGGCAAGCGAUUGGGUUUGUCGCGUUUUACCUCUUCUUUGUUGGAUUCGUCUUCUGGAUGGAUUUGAAAGAUGGCGAUAGAGAGAAGAAAGGAGAAUUGGAACUGCCAAGUUAUGGUGAAAGAAGAUUUGAUGGAGAAAAGCAUGGUUUUGGCGUUCUUAGAAAGAUAUCAAAACUUUGGGAGGUACCCGUCUCCACCAUGUUGAAACUCACUAUCCCGGAAUCAUCGCCGGCUGAAUGGAAUCGUUUCUAUCGAUCAGCCAACAUCGUUUUAUGCCCGUUUGCACUUCUAUACUCUUGCAAGUCAUUCAUGCCUCUAAAUCACCCAAUCCAAUUUCUCCUAACCAAUUCUCAUAUACCUCUAUGGGUAAUAGUUCUAUUCGCAUGCUCCUCUUUAUCGAUCCUUCACUUGGUUCUCGAAAAAGAUCCACCAAAGUCCGAAGAAAUACCAGUGGUAAUGUCAGCGUUUGUAAUGAGUGUCUUUUGGAUCUCAACUGCAGCAGGAGAGCUUCUGAACUGUCUUUCCGCUCUUGGUUCUCUUCUGCAGUUGCCUCAGUCUCUUUUAGGGUUGACGGUUUUGGCCUGGGGGAAUUCGGUUGGAGAUCUUGUCGCGGACGUGGCGGUUGCGAGAGCGGGCCAGCCUGCUAUGGCGAUGGCGGGAUGUUUUGCUUGUCCUAUGUUUAACAUGUUGUUUGGGCUUGGGACGGCUUUGGUUAUUCAAACGGGAAAUGUUUAUCCAGAAGCCUACAAGCUUGAUUUUCAUGUGAGCAUUAUUGUGGCCUUUGUAUUCUUGUUGCUUAGUUUGAUGGGUUCUCUUUUAGUAGUGACGUGGAAUAGGUUUAGAGUUCCCAGAUUCUGGGGAUUUUGUCUGGUCGGUCUUUAUGUUUGUUUUACACUGGUAAGCUUAGUCAUUGCUGGGUUUUCAGCCUGACUUGAUCGGUACCAUAUUAUAAAUGUGUUUCCUAUCAAUGUUACUU